AAUGCUCUUCCCUGCUGGGCUCAUGGUCCUAAUUGUUGUUCUUGUCCUUGUCCAUGAAGCUUGCAGUGCCAACGAUAGUCAUCAUCAUUCAUGUCAUUCUUCCUGCGGCAAUAUCCACAACAUAAGCUAUCCGUUUCGGUUGGAAGGCAAUCCACCAAUGUGCGGAGAUCAAAGGUAUAAUCUGUCUUGUGAGAAUAACCAAACAGUGUUAUACUUAUAUGCUGGAAAAUACUACGUACAGGAAAUCAAUUACAGUGCCUACACAAUCCGAGUUGUAGACGCAGGUAUUUAUGAGAAGGACAAUAUCUCCUUCAUCCCUCGCUAUUUUCUAAACAAGCACAAUUUCAGUUCAGGGUAUCCAUAUACCUUGUCUUAUCCAGAUAACAUAUAUGUUCGUUGUAAUAUUACUGAUCCGUACCGGCAGAUUGGGUACUAUUUCGAUAUGCAACAAAAGGGUGUGGUUUUGGUGAAGUGCGAAAAGCCAAUGAUUUCUGAACGGUAUUUGGACACGUCUAGUUGCUUGAGUAAUGGAGUGAAUUCUUCCAACUCUUCUCUAUUCCAUUCCAAGGGCUAUCGAUAUGUUUUAACUUCAUACUAUACAUCUCUAUGGGAUUUGGGGGACUCUUGCCAAAUAGAGCAAAUGUUUCCGACAGCGUGGCAAGGAGCGUACCCAACUAACUGUUCAGACCUUUACCAUCAAGUGGCCUAUGGUUUUCAGCUUUCAUGGGUGCAAGUUUUGUGUGAUAACUUCACUGGAGAUGACUUUUGCUACCUCGAUGACGUGAAUUUCCGUUUUCAGUACUUUUGCGACAGUCUAAAACUUGGUUCAUACGAUAAUUCGAUAUUUGGAAAAGUUAUUCGAGCUCUUUACAACACGCUAGUACCGCAGAUCAUCAAAGAAUAUUUAUGGGGGAUUUACCCAAUUGACGAGGAAUAUUACAUGAAUGAAUUUCCGGUAGAACUACAAAGAAUCAUGAUCACCGAUGGAGACACUCCGUUAAAACUACAAAUAAUCAUGAUCACCGAUGGAGGACUAUACCUUGGAGCAAAAGCUGUAUUGUUGGGUCCAUGUGUGAUUGCGUUUUUGAUAUACAAAUGGUGUAGAAGGCAUUUAUCUAUGUACGAUGUUGUUGAAGAAUUCUUGCAAAGCCACAAUAACCUCAUGCCAAUAAGGUACUCUUACUUCGAAAUUAGGAAGAUGACCAAAAAUUUCAAAGACAAAUUAGGCGAAGGAGGUUAUGGCACUGUAUUUAAAGGAACACUUCGAAGUGGCCGACUUGUAGCUAUAAAGAUGUUGGGUAAGUCCAAAGCUAAUGGACAAGAUUUUAUCAAUGAAGUUGCAACCAUUGGACGGAUUCACCAUGUUAAUAUAGUUCAACUCAUUGGUUUUUGUGUUGAAAGAUCAAAGCGAGCUCUAGUAUAUGAGUUUAUGCCUAAUGGCUCUUUGAAUAAAUACAUAUUUUCCUCAGAAGUAAGUACCCUCCUAAGCUAUGACAAAAUGUAUGAUAUAGCUUUAGGAGUGGCUCGUGGAAUUGAAUAUCUACAUCAAGGAUGUGCCAUGCAGAUUUUGCACUUUGAUAUCAAGCCUCACAACAUUCUUCUUGAUGAGAAUUUGGCUCCCAAGGUGUCUGACUUUGGCUUGGCAAAGCUAUAUUCAGUAGAUGAUAGCAUUGUCUCUUUGACUGCUGCAAGAGGGACGUUAGGAUACAUGGCUCCUGAAUUGUUCUACAAAAACCUUGGAGGCAUUUCAUACAGAGCUGAUGUUUAUAGUUUUGGAAUGUUAUUGAUGGAAAUGACGGGUAGAAGAAGGAACUUAAAUGCACUUGCAGACCAUUCAAGCCAAAUUUAUUUUCCUACUUGGGUUUAUAACCAAUUGCAUGAUGGAAAAGACAUAGAAAUGGAAGAUGUUACCGAAGAGGAAAAGAAAAUAGCUAAGAAGAUGAUCAUGGUUGCCUUAUGGUGUAUACAGAUGAAGCCUAGUGAUCGCCCUUCAAUGAAUAGAGUCAUAGAAAUGCUUGAAGGAGAAGUUGAAAGCUUACAAAUGCCUUCCAAACCUUUCUUAUCAUCAAUAGAGAGCCCCAUGAGGGAUGCUGGAGAGGAUUCAAAUGAAACUUGCUCAUCAAUUCAAUCAGAAGAAUCAAGUCAAACAACUCACUCUCAAAUGCAAAUUAAUUGAUAUGAGUCUCCUCAAUUACAUUCCCAUUAAAUGGGGGCAAUUAGUGUUCUCAUCUAUAUCUGAUAGCACAAAGAUGCUCGAUGUUUCUGUGUAGUAAAUAAGAUCAGUUCCUUUGAUUUAAGAUAAUUUGCCUUA